UUACGCAAAAUGUAACGUCAUGUCCUGUUCGGUUGUGUACGUUUCAGCUCCAUGUGUGCUGAUGUUUUGAAGGAUCUGUUAAAAAACAAUAUUCAUGCAAGGGUAUAUCGACUGCCACUGUCAUAUAUCUGCCCAAGAUUUUGACAGUGAUAUUGAUGAGGUCAUAGAGGAGUCUAAAAAGGUCGGACUUGUUGCUUUGCUUGCUGUAGCAGAGCAUGCUGGAGAGUUUGAGAAGAUCAUACAGCUCUCACAAAGGUUCCCUGGAUUUGUCAUGCCAUGUCUUGGAGUUCAUCCUGUCCAGGGUCAAGAUCCUGCACAACCCAGAGGAGCUGUAGUUCAGGAUUUAGAUGCCGCUUUACCCAUGAUUGACAAAUACAAGGAGCACAUUGUGGCUAUUGGUGAGGUCGGCCUGGACUUUACACCACGUGUUGUCAACAGUGAUGCUGGUAAAGACAGUCAGAGACAAGUGCUCAUUCAACAGGCAAACAUCGCUAAACAGUUAAACCUCCCAUUGAAUGUGCACUCGAGAUCUGCAGGGAGACCAACCAUCCAUCUUUUGAAGGAAUUGGGUAUAGAGAAUGCUCUGUUACAUGCAUUUGAUGGAAAACCUUCAGUCGCAAUGGAGGGUGUGAAAGCUGGAUAUUACUUCUCUAUACCUCCAUCCAUCAUAAGAAGCGAUCAGAAGCAGAAACUUGUGAAGCAGAUUCCUCUGGAGAGCAUGUGUUUAGAAACAGAUUCUCCUGCACUAGGACCCGAAAAGCAGGUGAGGAAUGUACCACGGAAUAUCAGUAUAAGUGCAGAAUAUAUCGCCAAAAUCAAGGGUAUACCUCUGGAGAAGGUCAUAGAGGUCACCACACAAAAUGCCCUGCAUCUCUUCCCCAAAUUGAAGACAUUUAUCAAAGCUUGACUUUGAAUACAUCAUGCAAAACUGCUUAAUCUUAAUGUUUUCGUUGAUAAAUAAUUUUGAUUAAGAAAAAAGGUCUUAUAUCUUCUUUAAAAGGUUUUUGCUCAUCAAUCAGAAAAAUGUGAUGGUUAUUAUACUAUUUAAUAUUUAAGAUAU